AUGCACGCGAUCUCUCAAACACACUCUCACGCGCUCCCUCACAGGCUCUCUCACGUGCUCUCACGCUCUCUCUCACGUGCUCUCUCACGCGCUCUCUCGCUCGCACUCUCAUGCGCCCUCUCACGCGCUCUCUCACGCGCACUCACGCACUCUCUCACACGCUCUCUCACACAAUCUCUCACUCACACGCAUUCCCUCGCGCUCCCUCUCGCGCACUCUAAUGUGCAUUCUCUCUCAUGCGCUCUCUCUCACACACUCUCAUGCACUCUCACGCGCUUCUUUGAUGCAAUCUCUCACACGCUCUCUCACGCGCUCUCUCACGCGCUCUCUCACGCGCUCUCUCAGACGCUCUCUCACGCGUUCUCUCACGUGCUCUCACACGUGCUCCCUCACGCGCUCUCUCACGCACGCGAUCUCUCACGCACACUCUCACGCGCUCCCUCACGCUCUCUCUCACGUGCUCUCUCACGUGCUCUCUCACCCGCUCUUACAUGCACUCGCAUGCGCUCCCUCACGCGCUCUGUGACGCGCUCUCUCACACGCUCGCGCUCUCUCGCUCGCGCUCUCUCACGCGCACUCUCACGCGCACUCUCACGCGCACUCUCACGCGCACUCUCACGCGCUCUCUCACGCGCUCUCCCACGUGCUCUCUCACGCGCUCUCUCACGCGCUCUCUCACGCGCACUCUCACGCGCUCUCUCACGCGCUCUCUCAUGUACUCUCAUGUGCUCUCACACGCUCUCUCACGCGCUCUCUCACGCGCUCUCUCACGUGCUCUCACGCUCUCUCUCAUGCGCUCCCUCCUCUCACGUGCACUCUCAUGCGCUCUCUCACACGCUCUCUCACACGCUCUCUCAUGCAAUCUCUCAUGCAAUCUCUCACGGGCUCUCACGCAUUCCCCCGCGCUCCCUCUCGUGCACUCUCUUGUGCAUUCUCUCUCAUGCGCUCUCUGACGCACACUCUCUCGCACACUCUCACGCACUCUCACGUGCUCUCACACGUGCUUUCUCACGCGCUCUCUCACGCACGCACUCUCUCACGCACACUCUCACGCGUUCUCUCACGGGCUCUCUCAUGUGCUCUCACGCUCUCUCUCACGUGCUCUCUCACCCGCUCUUUUACACGCUCUCGCAUGCGCACUCGCAUGCGCACUCUCACGCGCUCUCUCACGCGCUCUCUCACGCGCUCUCUCACGCGCGCGCGCUCUCUCACGCAACUCUCACGCGCACGCUCACGCGCACGCUCACGCGCUCUCUCACGCGCUCUCUCACGCGCUCUCUCACGCGCUCUCUCAGACGCUCUCUCACGCGUUCUCUCACGUGCUCUCACAUGUGCUCCCUCACGCGCUCUCUCACGCACGCGAUCUCUCACGCACACUCUCACGCGCUUCCUCACGCUCUCUCUCACGUGCUCUCUCACCCGCUCUUACACGCACUCGCAUGCGCUCCCUCACGCGCUCUCUGA